GAAUUGUUUCUCCAGUUGAGAACUUUUUCGGCGCUCGCCAGAUCGACGGCACAAGUGCAAUAGAAGUACCCAGGAAAUACCACUCAGGAAGGCAAAAUGUCGGACACAGAGGUCGUUGAACCGAAAAAGGGUCGAGGCCGCCCUCCAAAUCCCGAAAAGAACAGCGUUGCUCCGAAAAAGCGAGCCCGCGCCGUCUCGCCAAAGGAUAAGGCCGAAGAGAAGGAGAAGGACAAGGACAAGGCAGUAGUGUCGGACGAGGAACCAUCGCCGAAGCGCGGCCGGGGAAGACCGAAGGUGGCGGCAAAAAAGCCCGCCAAGGCCAAAAAGCCGGAAGCCAAAAAGGGCCGCGGCAGAGGCAAGAAAAAAGCGGAAUCCAGCGAGGAUGAGGACGACGACGACGACGAUGAAGACGAAGAGGACGAGGAGGAGAACGAUAGCGAAGACAACGAGGAGAACGACGACGAAUCGGACUCCUAAACUAUCUCUAAUCCCUAAUCCUUAAGUACGAUUAAUUCCAAAGUCAACACAAAAUGGUAUUAUAAUUAAGCCACCGUAAGUUCAGAGUACGAAUUCCGUUUCACUCUUCAUCACAAAAUACAAACUCCACACAAAAAUUAACCAUAAGAAGCGAAACAAACAGAAAAUGCACAGUGUGUCAAAGAGGAGAACAUUUAUCGAAGAAAUAAAUCUACACAAUAAAAUUUAAAAAAAUAACAGCACGUAACGAAGUUUCAAUGUGACAAAAA